GUGAUAGAGAAGUUAAAAUUGAGGAAGUGUAAGCUGUUCAUCUUGUUGAAAUGGAAUCUUUUCUAUCUAUGUCUGGUACAUUACUCGGGCUUCUUCUAAUAACGAAUAGUAAGGCUUAUGAUAAUCUAUUAGAAAAUAGCAAAAUGCUUGUUAUUACUGAACUGGGACGACCGGUCUAUGGAGCGGAGAAUAUCAUAGAUGGGAAUCCUUCUACAUGUCUAGACACUGAACGAUUCUACAGAUCGAUAUUGUGUUUUGACUUCACAAUUGUGCAGAGUUUCUACGAAGUUGCUGUCUCUCUUGAUUUUUUAGAUUCAUGGUAUCCCGACGACAUGUAUAUAAUACGAUUAUCAAUUUAUGUAAGUAAUUCAACUUCUGUGAAGGAUAGAUCUCUGUGUGGUUCAGAAUACGUGGACGUUGCACACAGAAGAUCUUAUGUUGUGAAAAGAAAAUGCAUGGAUCAAGGGCGUUUUAUCGUGUUGAAAAUUUGGUUGGAUGGAGGACGUGAAUACCGACUCUUCAUUUGUGACAUCAGUAUAACAGGAUGUGAAAAUGGGAGGUUUGGUGAGAACUGCACCGGGAAUUGUUCAGAAAACUGUUUGGGAAAAUCAUGCGACAUUUUGGAUGGGAAGUGUUCGAGCGGAAUUUGUUCAGAUGGUUGGCAAGGGGAGGACUGUAAUCAAAAAUGUCCCAAUGGAACCUAUGGAUACCAAUGUAACUCAUCUUGUGGAAAUUGCAAAGACAUUGUGAAUUGUAACCAUGAGACCGGAUAUUGUAAUGGUGGCUGUGCCGAGGGAUCAAUGGGAUUGAAAUGUGACAAAGAAUGCCCAUAUGGAUUUUACGGAAAAGAAUGUUCUGACCGUUGCAAUAUGACCUGUGGAUAUAAAUCUGAACAGCAAAGUAUACCAGAGGAGACAAAUACCCGUAAACUUACUUCUGCAGACUUCAACAAAACGACCGUGUAUGCUAUGGGGUCUGCACUGACACUUUCCUUGCUAGUGAAUAUUCUAUUCGCAGCAAUGUGUAUUAUAAGAUUUCGUGUAACAAAGAAGAAUGAUAUUUAUGAUAAACCUUCAUCGAUGUAUGUAAAUGUAAGAGCAGAUCACAAACAAGAUAGACAAAACAACAAACCUUCAGAAGGAAUGGAGUUAGACCAACAGAAGGUGCAAUAUGAGGCUGUGCGGAUCCCCUGCAAUGAAAAUCAUUACGAAGAUUUAGAAUAAAUAAUAUCGUACAAAUUAACUCCAUUGUCAAAUUAGUUUAAAAUUUCAAACGUUAGGUGAAGCAGGUAUGACUUAAGACAUCUUUAGCGGAGAACAAUAUUUUUAAUACAACAUGCAAUAGGGAAUAAGAAUCCUUGUGACACGUUAGUGUUUUGCUGAUAUAUUACAUAGCUAUUUAAAAUAGUCUGAUGCGACAUUGGACACUUAAAAGACAGGCUUUGAUUCAAAGAUCGAUACUGAAAAAAAUCCCGUUUAUUUGAUUUAUUUAAUUGAAAUAUUAAUACAAACCAAUCGGAGAUUUUGAAGCUAUACAAUAAGGAAGUUAUUUAACUUAUAUUGGUGAAUAUUGCCACUCGUUUGGUGUACAAGCUUGUGCAUCUUAUCCAUCCAAUUUUAGCAAAAAAUUCACAAAUGUACUAUGUUUAAUAUAGCCUUAUAUUAUAUUCUGUAAAUUGUUUUCAAAAUACUUUUCGCCAUUACAAUAUAUCUGACCUUCUUUUUGAGAAUUGAAAUGAUUAUUGAAUUUUCAACUGUCCCGUAAAUGAAUAUAGAAAAUGUAUUUUUG